AGGCUGCAUAUCCCAGGAUCUCAUCCCAGGUUUUCUGUUUAUCCCAGAUUAUCUGGCAGUGGACACUCAUUUAAUCCCAUUUAAAGCACAAAACCUGGGAUCAGAUCCUGGGACAUAGGGCUGUCUGGAAGGGCCCAUAGACUUUGGACUGCUAAAAGCAAACACAUGCCUGCUGUUGUUUGUAAGAAAGAUGCCCUGUGCCAUCUGCACAGACAUUAUCUCAGACUUAUCUGACACUGGACUGAUAAGCUAUGUACCUGUGUUAUGUUGAACGCAUGAAGAAGGUGGAAGGAGGAAGUCCUGAUGUCGCUACGUGAUAGAGAAUGGAGCAACGGCAUCCCCCUGUGACUGAAUCCGAACUCAACCUCCAAGGCACCAGAAGCUGGACUUUGAGACAACAUAAAAGACACUUUCUGCUCUAGGCAAGGAUUCCUGAUGAUCUGAAGCUGAAGAGUUUGCCAAGUCAGGCAUCCUGAUGAUUUUAAUAGGAAGGAGGAACCUGCUGCAGUUAUGUGGGAGGAAUAUCUUCAGGAAAGGUAUAAAGCAGAAGAAUCCAAGCAGAGGUUUACUUUGGAGGUGCUGCCAUCAUGGAGCUUCAAGUCAACUCCUGCACCCGGAGAUGAGAGCCUUUCUGGAGGACAACACUGAAGUUAUCAAUCGUGGGAACCUGACGCCGGAAAUAAGUUUGCGACUGAUGACUUCUCGCUGCCACUUUUGGCAUGAAAAAGCUGCCUUGUGGCCCUAUGGAGAGCCCUACUGGGCCUUCUACUGGCCAGGAGGACAAGGACUAGCCAGAUACCUUCUUGAUAAUCCCAAGGUUGUUAGAAGAAAGAAGGUUCUAGAUCUCGGCAGUGGCUGUGGAGCGACUGCCAUAGCGGCCAUGAUGAGUGGGGCAUCGCAGGUUGUGGCCAAUGACAUUGAUCCUGUUGCAGCAGCUGCCACGGUGCUAAAUUGUGAAUUGAACAAUGUGAAUCCCUUCCCCGUUCUAACGGAAAACCUGAUUGGUACAGAGCUGGACAGCUGGGAUAUCAUUGUCUUAGGGGACAUGUUUUACAGUGAAGAGCUUGCAGAUAGCCUUCACCCAUGGCUGAAGAAAUAUGCUCAGGCUCCUGGGACUCAAGUACUGAUCGGGGACCCUGGCAGACCUUAUUUUGUGAGCCACCGAAUUCAGAAAGAGUUGCACAGAAUCAGUGAAUAUGUCCUCCCCGAGGCAACGGCACAAGAAAAUAAUGGCUCCACCAGCACUGUUGUCUGGCACUACCAACCCUGACUGAAGUGGAUUACUUUUGUGUAAGCAAUUGUUUUUAAGUGACAGAGUUGAACCACUUAGACUGGAAACCCAGAUUGUUUGGUGAGAGCACUUGCAAUUUACUGUGAUUAAAUGACUCAUACCAGCUGAUGAUACAACUCAAGAAAAUAGCACAGCAAGAAUAUAUAUAAUUUUAUAUUGCCUUACGAUGAUCCCUAUUUAAACACUGAAAAUAAAUGUGUCUGAGAUUUUA